UAGAAGCCAGUGGUUGGCUGGUUUUCCGGACAUGAUGUGGUUGAAGCUGUCAUCGUAAUGGAAAUUCACUGCCGUAGCUAUGGCCCUCUCUUCCCCGUGCGGUUUGCCUCCUCAUUCGGUAAGACUGGCACCAGCGGAGAUGCAGACACAGAAGGUCCCGGGGCGCAAGCGCGGCCGGCCUCCACUUCACUCCACACCGGUGCCCAUGGCCGUCCAUAACCUUUAUUCUGCUUCUGCCGGCUCUGGACCAGCAGUGACAAUCCCAAAGAAGAGAGGGCGGAAACCCAGGUACAAGAUCAAGCCUCCAGUGCUCAUGACGCCCUUGGCUCUGUCACCUCCACGAAGUACCCCGGAACCCGACCUCAGCUCCAUCCCUCAGGAUGCAGCCACCAUCCCCAGCUUGGUGGUCCCACAGGCUCUCACAGUGUGCCUCUACGUUAACAAGCAGGCCGAUUCGGGGCCGUACCUGGAGAGGAGAAAGCUGCAGCAGCUUCCUGAGCGCCUGGGUCCUGAGCGGCCCGCAGCUGUCCUACAGCAGGCGGUGCAGGCGUGCAUCGACUGUGCACACCAGCCAAGGCUGGUCUUCUCCCUUGUCAAGCAGGGCUACCGCGGUGAGCUGGUGUCAGUCUCUGCUUCCUUUGAUGGAAAACAGCACCUGAGGAGUCUGCCCGUGGUGAACAGUGUGGGCUAUGUCCUCCGCUUCCUGACCAAACUGUGCCGCAGUCUCCUAUGUGACAACCUCUUCAGCCACCUGCCCUACCCCGGGAGCCUCAGUGCCUCUGAGAAGACCCAGGAGAGAGAGGAUGGGAGGACAGAGUCAGCCCAGGCAGCCACUGCUGAAGAGUGCCUGGCAAACCCUGCAGGCAUGAACCGCUACAGCAUGGACACCUCCUCAGCUGCGUUUGGCCACAGAGGCCCCUUGACCCACUCCUCCUCACAGUACUACAAGAGGCUCAACUCUGGAGACAGCCAUCUUGGGGGAGGCCCUCCGGCUACCACCAGUGGUUCCCGUAGCAACCCUGUGCCCUUAGGAGGUCCAUCGACACCUGGACUGAGGUUUCCAGCCUCCAGCCCCAAGAGGAGUGAUGUCGAAGGAGACAGAUGUGCCUCCAGCCCCUCCCCAGAGGUGCCGGACAUGAGGCGACUGAGCAGCCGAAACCCUUCGACCUGGACCGUGGAAGAUGUGGUUCGGUUUGUGAAGGACGCUGACCCUCAGGCUCUGGGGCCUCAUGUGGAACUCUUCAGAAAGCAUGAGAUUGACGGCAAUGCCUUGCUGUUGCUCAGGAGUGACAUGAUCAUGAAGUACCUGGGACUGAAGCUGGGACCCGCACUGAAACUCUGCUACCACAUUGACAAGCUGAAGCAAGCCAAGUUCUGAAGCUGGGAGAGUUGGAAACGAAGCCCCAGACCUCAAGAUCAUCUUCUGCCUGACCAGCACCCAGCCAGCAUCACAAGUAGACUGUCUUCUUAGAAGUGACAGCCACAAAGACUUUGUCUUUUUACAAACUGUGCAUCUUUCCCGUUUCUAACAUUCCAAAUGGCCCCUUCCAGAGGCUCGACUGUGUUCAUCGAUUUGUCAGAAAAAUCACAGAAGGCCUAUUACAGUUAAUGUUCCUCACAUGCUGGUCACUCUUUAUGGGUGCUAUUUGCGUCAUGAAAGAGUGGAUAACCGAACACUGCCUCUGGAGGAGAGCCCUGGAAGGGGCUUUCAAAGUUGAGAAGGACCUCGUCCCUAGAGGUGGUGUGGGGUUGCCCACUGCAGGAGCAGCCCCUCCCUGUUCUGGGGACCUAUCAGCCUGAGCCUCACUGGAGUCAGCUCUGGGGUGACUUUCUCCUGAGGAUGACUUGCCUCACCUUGCACUAUCUGAAAACUUAAAUUUUUGCUCGCUCAAAGAACAGUGAGGAAAGGAUGUUUCCUAGCUCUAGCUCCUGCAGUCCUUCAUUGCUCCACCAGAGGGCAGACUACACCGCUAAUGAGAAUUCAGGAUGCUGACAGUCGUGGUCUGCUCAUUCAGGACUCAAUGCUGGGUUAGGACUUCUAUGAGCAAGAUCUGGCCUGGACGGGGAUGGGGGAUUCCAUGGUCAGCAUCUCAGACUGCCACUUGAGAAGAAAUUGUGAUCUGGGGGUUCCAAAUUCAAUAUUGACUGACUGGGAAGGGAAGAAUUUGGACACAACUGUCUGCCUGAACAAAGAUUUGGAGUCCCUUCCCUCCCAGACUCUUGCUGAGGGCUGAGAUGCUGGCGUGCUGAAGAAUCUUGGUGACAUUUAUCAAUGUGUGUUUCUUGAAGAAAAAGAAGAGAAGAAAAACUGUCUCAACAAAGUGUGAAAUGAGAGAGUGCUGAUUUUGAGUUAUGUGGCCACAUUCUGUGGCUAAUUUUUCUAGUCUUCGACAAAUACACAGAUGUGUUUUAUUGGGUUUAAUUCAAUUUACAAAUAGGUUUUCACUUUUCACUGUGAAGUAAUAAGAAAAAAAUUGAUUUUCUGCUCUUUGCAGCUGUGUCCAGUGAGGGACGGAGCCACAGUUUACUGGGCAGAAGGGUGACCUCUUUCUGCUGUCCUUUGUCAAGCUCUUUCUUUUCCUCUGUUUAUAAAGAAUAGAGAACUCCUGGGCACAUCUUUUUCCUUAAGGGCGCGCGCGCCUGGGGAGGGUGAGGAUCAAAAGUAACACAGGGUUUCCCAUGGCCACAGCGUGAAUUAGCAAGGGCGUCUCCACUUAGGUUGCAGCCUGAGCAAGGUCUCAGCUGGCAUGUGGAGCCGAAGGGGUGUUGACCCCUCAGCUCUCAGCCAGAUGUCCUGCUCCAGAACAAUAUAGGGGUAGCUUCUUGGAUGGAGCUACCUACUGUACAGAUUAGCUAGAAUUUAGGCAAAGUCCACAGGAAAUAUUCCAUGGUUUGCUACAGGGGACAUCAAAAUGUUUGAGAAAGUGUGGCUUGACACACACAGGAUCUUGUUACGUGUACAACAGUGGUUGGACUUGAAAUAUGGCAGAGAAGGGGAAGACUGUCCCAAAACUGCCCACCAAAUGGAACUUGAUCAGUUUCAGAUGAGCUGGAUGUCUGUUAUUUUUAGCAUAAGACAAAAUGACCUUGAAUCAGAACUUGGGGAGGAUCUUUAAGAAGUUAAAAGCAGUGAGCAGACUCUGCCUUGCAAAAGCUUGUCAGAGCUAGGUGCUUGCCGCCGCUCUGAGUUCAAGCCUUGUCUCAAAGAGCGUCAGACAGUUCAUAGAAAACUCAAGGAGUUUUUGAAGGAGAGCUAGGACCUGGUUCAAGUCUGUGGAGGGCCUGGAUCUGUGUCCCACACGAUGAGGACUCUCAGUCAGGUUCAGUCUUAUUUCACACAAAGCCUUAAAUCAGCUUGAUUGCAGAAUCCCAGACAUUUAAGGUUUGGCCAAAAUUUUUAAAAAUUAAGAAACUGAGAAGCAAUUUCAUUUUUCUUGGCAUGAAGACUGCCAUGCCACAGAAUAACCAGUGGAACCAAUUCUUCUUGCCUGUUUUUGCAUGGAAUCUAAUUAUCUGACCAAAUCAUUGUAGCAAUGCUGCAAUUAUAAUUAAUUUUCAUCCCUCUCAAAAACCUUGUCAAACAGGGCAGCUAAAUAGCUUCUCAAAUGUAAAACACGCCAGGCCAUUUCCUCUAAACAGACCUGGAAGGUCAGGCCGUAGGGGUUACUCUGGUCCAGAUGAGAAGGACUUGAACUCACAGUUGACAGAUAACACAUUCGCUACUCCAUCUGCAUAGCUUCGCUCAGGUUGUAGUAAAUAAUGAUCAAAUUUUGCAUAAUUCCAAAUUAAAGAGUGCUCAUGCUCCAAACAUUUCCAAUUACAUUUGUCUGUUAAACACUUGGGGAAAAAAUCAAGAGAUAAUUCUGUUGCCUAAAGCAUUUUAAAUGUUUUAUGAA